GGAGCAGCGGUGCAGAGCAGGCAGCGAGCGGGCUCUCGGACGACUUCUCCUCCUGCUGCUCCAGCUCCUGCUCCAGCUCCCGCUCCUCGACCCGGAGCCACCGCCGGCCCGCAGAGUCGUGCGCCAGCGCCGAGGCCGCCUCGCCGCACCCGAUCCGUCCCCUUUGGCCACUCGGAGGGCAGCGCGCCGAGGUCCAAGUUGCCCCGUCCGGUGGGUGCACCAGCUCCGGCUGCAGCAGCCCCGCCGCCGGCGCGCACGGCAACUUUGGAGAGGCGAGCAGUGGCCCCUGCAGCAGCGAUGACUCCCUGGCUCGGGCUCGUCGUGCUCCUGGGCACCUGGAGCCUGGGGUACUGGGGCGCCGAGGCGUGCACAUGCUCGCCCACCCACCCCCAGGAAGCCUUCUGCAACUCUGACAUAGUGAUCCGGGCCAGAGUGGUGGGGAAGAAGCUGGUGAAGGAGGGGCCCUACGGCACGCUGAUCUACACCAUCAAGCAGAUGAAGAUGUACCGAGGUUUCACAAAGAUGCCCCACGUGCAGUACAUCCACACGGAAGCUUCCGAGAGUCUCUGUGGCGUGAAGCUGGAGGUCAACAAGUACCAGUACCUGCUGACAGGCCGGAUCUUCGAUGGGAAGGUGUACAUAGGACUGUGCAACUUCGUGGAGCGGUGGGACCAGCUCACCAUCUCCCAGCGCAAGGGGCUGAACUAUCGGUAUCACCUGGGUUGUAACUGCAAGAUCAAGACCUGCUACUACCCGCCUUGCUUCGUCAGCUCCAAGAACGAGUGUGUCUGGACCGACAUGGCCGCGAGUUUCGGCUACCCUGGCCACCAGACCAAACACUACGCCUGCAUCCGGCAGAAGGGUGGCUCCUGCAGCUGGUACCGAGGAUGGGCCCCCCCAGACAAAACCAUCAUCAAUGCCACAGACCCCUGAGCGCCAGGCCCUGCCCCGCCUCACCACCCUCCCUUCCCGCUGAGCUUCCCUCGGACACUAACUCUUCCCAAAUGAUGACAAUGAAAUUAGUGCCUGUUUUUCUCGCAAAUUUAGCACUUCGAACACUUAAAGCAAAGUCUGUGCUGUCGUAUGGAGUUUAUUCGGAAACAACCUCCUGGCCCCACCCCACGCCUUCUUUUCGGUUUUGACAUCCCCCGUUUCCACCCAGGAAUUUUUGGUGCCAUGCCAGAGAGAAUGAGGAAUGUACACUCCUCCUCUUCGUGAUAACAUAAUCUAUAUUUUUUUAGGAAAACAAAAAUCAAAAAACUACCCUACGUGGGCACUGUAAUGCCUACCCCGCUUUCUUCCUCGCCCCCCCCCCCCCCCCCAGCAUCUCCUAGACCCUCCUCCCUCUGCCCUUCUCCUCCAUCCCAGCCCAGAAAGGACACAGACAAGGUCGCUGCUGAAAGCCAACUGUUUGAGGAUCAGUCAAGGGUAGCAACCAGCUAGACUCAAGGUAUGCAGAAGAUCUUAUACACUGAGGGAUGCUACUGCAUGUUCCAACCAGACUAUGUCUGUCUGUGUGUCUCUCAUGUAAGAGGCGCAGGGGGCAGGGAGGAACCGUGAGAGAGGGUCUGAGAGAAUGCAGCACACACAAUUCCCCCCCCCAGUCCCGUGAUGCUCGGGUAGACCAGAUGUCUCUGAGUCUGGAGCAAACAGCCAGGCUGCAAUAACAACUUUCUUAGUCCGGUGAAGAUUUAAACAUCUGCCUGAGGUCAGGAGGCUAUUUGCCUGCCUUGUACAAAAGCUCCGGUGAAAACCGAGACGAAUGUCUUUCCUUUCCCCGCCUCCCCUGAGAUUCCCUCCUGGAGAACUCUUUCGUCAAUGUGGCCAGGAGCUUGCCCUUAUGUAAAUUGGACAAAUACACACACCAUAUACACUAUCCACAGCUGCAGCCACAUAGACUUGGUUAGAGAAUACUAUUUCCAAGGUAACGUUCAGCUCACCGAGGAGGCUGUGUUUGUAUACACAUUUGCAUAUACCCACACGGGGACAUAAGCUGAUUUUUUUUUUUUACAGGACACAGAAUUCUGUUCCAUGCUGUUAAAUACACCAAUAGUUUAAUCUCUUCUAUUUUGUUGUUGCUUGUUGGAAGAAAAUCAUGACAUUCCAAGUUGACUUUUUCUUUUCUUUUUUUCAUUUUAAUUAAAGUUUGAGAUUCUGAACACCCUCAGCAUUCCUCUAACUGGGGUCACCUGACCUCUGCCCCUGACCUUUUCUCCCGCUUCAUGUUCAGGGCCUUCAUUUCACUGCCUUACUGGCUGGGCUCCGGUGGGAGAUGCGAGUUAGUGUGGGUCGGGGGCUGGGCUCGGGAGGGAAGGCUGCGGUGCCCUGCCAAGGCCAGAUGGCCAGCUUCCCUGGGCCGGCUUGUCUUUCCCAGCUCACGGGUGGGUGAAGGCCACUUCCUGGGGGCCUCACCGCAUGGGCUUAAAUGGGUGGUCACUGGGGAAGCCUGAUUCUGUCAUCGGCUGUAGGGGGUUUCUUUUGUUGUGUUUUUUUUGGAAUAAAACUAUAAUAUAAACUCUCCAGUUAAAUAAAAGUAUUUUAAAUGUUAGUGCUGAGAUGAGAUGCGGAGAGCAGGCGAUCAUAUAUAUUUCAGAAUGGGGGGUGGGAGGAUGGUGACAUGGAACAUGACUGCUCUCCUUUUUCCAGAUCAUGGGUAUUUAUCCUCUAUUAGUAUCUGUAUCUUCAGUUCAUUCCGCUUUAGGAAACAGAGCUGCCCACUGACACAGGAGAACAAACGGCAGGCGACACGUUGUGAUGUCUCGCGCACACACGCAAAUGCCCAGGCAGGGUGCUUGGUGGAACCCCGGGGGGGAGGGGAGGUGGUGCGGGAGACAGUACAGGCACCUGGUUUCCUUAGGAUCAAGUCCACUGCCUUGUACCUUUCACCUUGCGGUCGUGACAUUUGGCACGCAGGAAACAGAGGCUUUGCCGUCCCCAGGGGGCAGUGUGAGCAGAAGGAGCUGCGGUCAGCAGUCUUUUAAGGGGUGAGCCUCAGACUUGAUGUUUUUUAAGAUUUUUAUUUCAGCCUCAAAGGCUUACAAGGUGGAACCCCUAAUCCAACCUGUACAAGUUCCCCUACCCAUAGUCGGACGUCAGCCUCCCCUCCACGAGGCAGUGGACCAUUCUCAGUCCCUGGUGGGGUCCUUCCACUCACCCGGCAGGGACGUGGGGUGGGGCCUGGCAUGAGUCACCUAAGGUUUCCCUGCAGACAAGCGGGCAGAACCACAGGCCCACGUGCCAGGCCCCGGUGAGGAGGACAGCAGGUCCUGGGCAAAGAAGGGUCCUGUGCAAAGCGAUGUUGCCAGAGGGCGUCUGUGGAGCUUUCCAGAAGCUAUAGCUUUGUUUAUUUCACCUGUUCACUGACUGUAUAAUUUAAAGUCACUUAUGUAGCUGAGGCACUUCUGUAUUUCAGUCAUAUCGUGAGCGUUUUAUUUUGCUAAAUCUUAUCAUGUGUAGGCUGUAAUAUGUGUACAUUGUGUUUAAGAGAAAAAGAAAUGAAACCCAGAUGCCACCAUUUUCCCGAAUCAAAUUCUACAGUGGAACGGAGGGUAAAUGCUUCUGUGGCGCAGGCGGCUGGACUGGCGAACCGGGGAAGUUAGAAGGGGCCGGCUCUGAGGCCCCUCCGGCCCCCUCUCGGUCAGCAUCCGUGCUCUCUGGAGGAGGCAGGAGGCGGGGAAAUGGCAAGCAAUUCCAUGUCCUUGCUCUGCAUCAACUGGCCCCGGGCAGUCUGCCGGCCAUUCCCAUUCCUCUCCUCCCCUGGUCCCUUUGCCAAUUGGGAAGCCAUGAUUUCUCCUAAAUCCCGGGCCAUGAGAGCUGUCAUUCCAAGACCUCUUGGUGUCCCCUGGCCAUCUCUCUGCCUCCCUCUCCAGGAAGCCCGCCAGGCUCUGCCGCUCUGUCCAAUGCUCCCUGUGGCAAGGCAGGAAAUACUGGGAGACUCCUCACCCAGCCCCAGACCCAGCGGUCAGGCUACAGCCCACGAACACCAUUUUUCAUACCCUGGUUCCUGAGCAAUUCAAGAAAUAAAUGAUUUAUUUAUAGGGGCAGCUCUGUCUCAGAGACACCGAGGGAGACCAUACCCUCCCCUGCCCCAGCCCGUCAUCCUGGGUUUGACGAUGGCCAAUACAGAUGCCCCCACGAUGACACCCAAGUGCUUGGCUCCCGGCUGCCCAAAGUUAAAAAAUAUCACUAAAAUAGUUUGGCACAAGGAAAAUGCUUUGAAGAUCUGAUGGCAGAAGCAAAACAAAAUGGGGACGGGCAGGAGAGGUAGAUUUCAGCAGCCUCCCAAGUGGCUCUUGGGAGGCGGGAGGAACUGAGAGACCUGGUCAUGCUCCGAGGGGAGGGGCUGCGAGGCCCUCCCCCCGCGCCUUCCCCCUCAGCCAGUCUGCUGCCCUGAGGCCCAGAAGUGAUGGAGAGACACCAACCAGAGAAAACCCUGUCUGGAAGGAAUGUAUUUGUUGCUAAAUUUUGUAGCACUGUUUACAGUUUUCCUCCAUGUUAUUUAUGAAUUUUAUAUUCCGUGAAUGUAUAUUGUCUUGUAAUGUUGCAUAAUGUUCACUUUUUAUAGUGCGUCCUUGAUUCUAAACAGUAAAGUGGUUUUAUUUCUAUCACACA